UGUGCAAGGCAGUUCUAAUACCUCUUACGUCUUCCCGCUCUCCCUAACAGUUGUGUGCCGCCCUGUUCGCCGAUGGACAUUUGGCAUAACCCGUCCCGCCCCCUCGGUAUCAGCGUCCUUCAAUCCUUCCGCUACACGGUCCCACUUUCGUUCUGUUAAGUAAGAAGAGGAGCCUGACUCUCAAAUCCUCAUACUUCACUGUCAAUCGAAACUAUUACUCCCGCUUGGUCCCCACACAGCAUGAUCACCAUGCCGCCUCUGUUGCGCCCACGAGCACCACUCGGUCUGGAUGGCACAACGAGGCCUAAUACCGACGCUCUUGGUGUCGGCUACAUUGUCGUCGCCGUAUUAUACACGUUGGUAUUAAGUGUCGAGCUUUUCUUCCUCCAUCGACGUAGAGAGGCUUUUUGUUUGCAGAUACGAAAUAUCAAGAUCGUUUUCGCAGCGGUGCUUAUGCUGCACAUCUAUCUCGUCCUUGUCUUACUCGUCUACCCGUGGAACGGUCUCUUUCCAUGCUCAGCCGAGUUCUGGAUUAUGUCGGUAUUUCUUCCCUCUGGCAUGGCGUUUUUCCAAGCUUGCAAUGCCAAGGUGCUCACGGCCUAUGAGAGCCAGCGCCGUAUGACGCGCAACUUUCUGGAAGGUGCGCGCAGGAAGCGGAUAUCCUAUACCCCACUCGGCCUUUUUGAAGCGUGGCGCGAUCUCGAUGCGGCGAAGAAAGUAUACUUUGGUACCUUCAUCGGCCUAGUUCUUUCGUUUCUACCCGCUAUCAUGCUUUUCUUCGGCUCUCGCCGCUUUCACGAUACGUACGGUUUCUUUGGAGUUCCUACCAAUUAUAUUGAGUGCCGAAAAGGAGGUGAAUGGAUUCCGUCGAUCUUUGUGCAGCUGUUCUGGACAAUGAUCGUCGGUCCAUGGAUACUUUGGAAGAUCCGCAACAUUAAGGACGUCCACUCAUGGGCCUGGCAAACGAGACUUGCCAUUAUUGCUGGUCUUCCAGGAACGCCACUGUGGAUCGCCUUCACGUACUCAAAGAUGCACCAAGUCCAUGAAAUCAACAAAUUCUUUGCACCAGCCGGGUGGUUUAUACCCUCGCUCGUCGUCUGCCAACAGGUUCUCAUCAUCAUACCACUGCGAGACGCGCUGAAGGCCCGCCCCAACAGACGAUCAUCAAUCUCCGACACUGAUUCGCUCACCUCCAACCACUCGCAAUUAUCCGGGAAAUCGACUACCAUAAUCUACACCAAGGAGAUGAAAUCCAAAACGUCGAUGCAGUCACUGGAGUUCACUAUUGAGCACAGUAUCGAGCCCCUCAUCGCCUGGGCUGCUGCCCGCGAAUUCACAGCCGAAAACUGCAUCUUCCUCCGCGAAGUACGCAACUUCAGGAAGAAGUGGGGCAGCCUCAAGGUCGUUACCACUGCUCAACGACGACAGAUGUUCAACGAGGCGUCUCUGCUUUUCUACACGCUUAUCAACCCCUUCACCGCCGAGGCACCGAUCAACAUCGAGUACAAGAUCUUCAAGACUCUACAAAACAUGUUCGCAGAAGUGGAGUUCGACCCGUACAUGCCGCGUGCCCAGACACCAGAAGAUGCGAGGUCACCUACCACCCGAGAGAACGUCGUGUGCCCAUGGGAGGACACCUUAAGCCGGCCAGCGAGUAUUGACUCCAACAUCACCUCGUCUUCAACAUCAAGCACCAGGUCGAUAGUCCCGAGCGAAUUCACAGAGGAAUUAUUUGACGCCGCUUUUGAGAGCAUCAAGUAUCUUGUCUUCACCAACACGUGGCCGCGCUACGUGGAGCUCGCAGGCAAGCUUCCGUCAGCAUGAUUCCUUGACCGCGAAAUAUCAUCGACGUCUGAUGGUAUCACUGUCUGGUAGAGCCACGGGUUCCAUUUCCUUAAACACGCUUGUUGAUAUUAGAUGGGUAAACGGUCCUUACACACCACUACGCAAGGCGUGGCUGCGGUAAUCUCAGUCCUUACCAUAAU